AAGUUACACAAUCUCGAACAGUCAACGGAAUCGUUAUGUGUUUGUAUAGUUCUUACAGCUACGGUUUUGGUUUCAUCUUAAGUUUGGAGUCGAAAUUAAAUUAACAUUUAGUAUUUUCGCCAGUUUAACACACGGGCUUGCCUUGCCAACUAAAAAAAUUAAACAGAAAAGAAAAAAAACACAUUUUUUAACGGUUGUGGAACGCAAAUAAAACAACGACAGAAAAAAUAUCCGUGCGUACAGAGAACUCACUAAAAAAAAAAACUCGCGUUUCCGAAGUCACAUUUAUGCGCUCGGGCAGGAGUCGGCUCGCAACGGGAUUGGUUAAUGAAGCAAAUCCGCUGCAGGUGCGUUUCAAACGCCGGUUUCCCCCCCAGUAUAGUUUAAUCGUAUGCCAUUUUUAAAAUGUCCACCUUUGCCCGCAUUUUACACUGUGUAUCGUUGUUGAAAAAGUACGAUCGGGAGCGCAAAAUCCAUUCUCCAAAGCGGUGUUUAAGUUUACCGAUCGCGCCUUCGGAGUCGGAGUUGGACACAGCCGAUCUGAAGUUUUACAAGAGGAAGAUCGCAUGCUGUAACUCGACUUAUUUCCUUCUUCUGUUGGCCCGCAAUGGAAAAUCACCUCGAAGGUGACCCCUAUGCAUCCGACCAGCCCCCCGAUUUUUCCAUUUUAAAGGACCUGCUGUUCCCCGCCUAUUUGGAGCCGGAGUGCGGAACCGGGAAUGCUGCGGAAGGCAAAGUUAGCUCCAAACGGCAAUGCAGCACAGUUGCGGUGGAUUGCAAAAUCGACAGGAUUGCAAACGCGAAGCCCUGCACACGGGUUUGUGUUAACGGCAGCACGAGCACGUCGAACCGGGCCGAUCCCGAUUCGGGGGACGGUGCGCCCACGUGCCACCACCCGAGCGGGCUCCUCGCGCUCAGCCUCGCCAGGAGGACCGGUGACGCUGCAGGUCCCACUCAGGCUUUGAGGACACAUUCUACUCAAGAGGUCCAAGUGCCAGAGACCGCUAUCCUCUACCUUCUGCAAGAAACAACCAAACUGGUUCCUCCCGUUAAGACGGAAAUGCUCGAGUCAUCUAUAGAUGGGAGCGCAUUGCAGAAUGCACCAAACUCUCCAAAACGAACCGAAGGCCGCGAUCCUCCCGCUCCUCCCAGGCUAAGCUGCCCAAGCGAUAAAGCGAGCGACGCGGUAACCGGCGUGCGGCCCAGCGCCUACUCCGGUUCUUUUAAAUUCCUGCCGAGUCUGGAAGGGUGCAGCUCCCUGGACGUGAUGAGUCUCAUUAGUGUUCAGUGCAAGAGGCUGAUGAACCCGGAGAGUUUGCUUGAGCCCGCUUUGCCGUCGACAGCCGCUUUCGGACGAGUGAGGGACGCAGAGAGGGAAACUUCUAGAGAAGUGGGCUCGGAAUGCCCAGAGGUCCUCACGAACGAUGCCAAGAAAGAGGCCGGUGCUGGGGGUCUUCAAGGGGGGCCCAAGAAGGUGGCCCCUUAUGACCCCAAGGAUGGCUGCAAUACAAGUAGUGCUGAUGGAUUCGUUUUUGUACCACUGAGGGUUGUGGAAGAGAAGAGAAGAACAGAAGGCAAUGGCAUGCCUGCGUUGGGCGAAAUGGUCCAGGUUUAUGGAGAAGACCCUAAACAAUGUAAAACAGAAGGUAGCUCUUUCCAAAGCCUUGCUUUCAGAACACCUGGUUGCCUAAGAAAAGUCAAAACUACAUCGGAUCUCCUUGCUGAUACUUCAUUGAAUAGCAGCUCUGGGCCCUUCUGUGCAACAGAGGGAUGCUUUGGGAAGGAAGACAGACCGGCAAGCAUGCUGAAACUGGAGUGUGGUAAGAAUUCAGCUGCGGGAUGCCAUAGAAACUUUGCAAGACUUCCUAUGGAUAACACAUCUGUGAGCCAGACUGGCGUUUCCUACAGAAAGAUGGACAGUAAUUCCAAUGAGCUUCAGCAAGACGAACCGGGCCCCUUUGAGAACAGGAACGACGUACAGUCCUCCCCGGUUCCUUUUAAAACGGAAGCAGUUUCAUCAAACGAGUUCAGUGAAAUGCACGAGUUCAGCGGACGUUCAGAAAGUUGUGGAAAGUUUGCUGAGGCUGAAAAGCAGGAGGGUGGUCAGAAGGAGUCGACUUCUCCUGCCGACUUGAGCGAGCGGAGGAGAAUGUCAAGGAAACAGAGACACCCGAUGAAAAGUGUGAAUCGAUGGGACCCAGACUUCAAAGGAGUCACUAUCCAUAUGCAGACACAGCUUAACAAGGACAGUGCGGACCAGGGCCGUCUCCUCAUCACUUCACAAUACAGUGCGAGAUACUGGAAGAUGAGUCGCAGAGCGAGAGGCAGCAAAACUCGCUCUCCUGUCAAUGCUGGCAGGACCAGCAGCUCCGAAGAAGAAAGUGAUUCGCCCUGCCCAAUAAAGAAUAAAUGCUGUGCCUCUUGCAACACGAAGAAGACUCCGCUGUGGAGAGACGCUGAAGACGGGACUCCGCUCUGCAAUGCGUGUGGGAUCAGGUACAAAAAGUAUCGGAUCAGAUGCUUUCGCUGUUGGCACAUCCCCAAAAAGGAUGGCAAUUCAAACUCCAGGUGUCUGAAGUGCGGCGACACGAGAGGACGGGCGGUGCCUCGGUGCCGGGGCUCCCCGGAAAAACGCGAGCUGAUAGAAAACUCUUAACCAAGACUUUCACUGAGGCUGCUGCCAGAGCUCGUGUUGGGACCGGCGUUAGGCAACAGACUCCAAAUACUGACUUUGAUAACCGGUGGCCACUUUUAACAGUUGUAGCUGUCCCCUCGCUUCGUAUGAAUUCCUAAAGACCUCUUUAUCACGUGAUGUUAAAAAAAAAACCAAAAAAAAAACACGAACAACACACUGUGACUUUUUUAAAUCUGGGAACUCAUCAGAGUGUCCGGACCAAGUCCAGUACUGUACAUUGGACCGCAGCGCUGUUUUCUGGUUAGAAAGAUGCAUUCAUUUCACCACCAAAAAAGAAGCAAAAAAUGGAAAUUGCUUUGGGGUGGGGGGGAAUGUAUUUAUUUUUUGUGUGCUUUACAAAAACAAAUUGUAUAAAUGUAAUGAUAUGUUUAUAUCAAUGUUAUUGAUAAAUGCUUUUUUUUUUUUUGUUAGCACAGGGCAGGGAAACAGUGUUUUGCACUAUUGUGUGCGCAGAAUGACAGCAACAAGCCUGCACUUGUAGUUAUAACCCCUCCACUGUCUGCACACUUGCACGAUGUUAUGUUUCCUAUCGACGUGUCUAUUUUAUGAUGCACACAUGUUUUUUUUUUCAAAGUUAAGGCAGGGCGAUUUCUUGAACUCCACAGAGUUCACACAAACUGUUUAAAAAAAAAAAAAAAAAAAAGUGACACAUUGGUUUGUUUGGUUGUUUUCGGCAGCGGUUGCUUGUCUUUCAACAAUGUGUAUUGACGGUGUUUUGAAGGGACACCUGCGCCCUAUUAAAUGUAACCCUCCUUUCCGAUUCGUAAGAUGUGCUUCAUUGAAUCUUAUUUCCAGUACCGUCCGUGUUUGCCAUUGCUGCAUUCUGUGCUUGGUUUGUGGUUGAAGUUUCUAUUACAUGUUAAGUGCUGUUGUCUUCAUUUGAGGACAGGCUUUUUAAGAUAAAGGGUAUCGGACCUGAGUUAUUAAUGACAUUUCGAAACAAGAAAAGAAACAUUGUUUAAUUCAAAAUGAUAUCAUUUUCCAAUUUGAAUUAAGAACCCAUCCCUGAAUGUGGCGGACAUAGGCUACCAUAAAAUCAUAU